AUAAUUUGGCAUACUCCGUAUAUUUCAACUCAUGUCAUAUCGACAUAUCGUAUGUACAUUUCCCAUGAAUCAAAUAUACCCUUUGGGUUAAAAAAAAAAAACUGUCUACUUCUUCCAAAUAGGAAAUUUACAUAGUCAAAAAAUUCACCAAGUAAAAACAAACCCAAAAAAAAAAAAAAAGAGGUUUCGUUCAAUUUCAUCUUGUCUAUUGCCAGCUUCGUUUGUUCUCCUAGGAGGAGAGAGAAAAUAAACACAAAUAUCCAUGGCUUCUUCUUCUUCAUCUUCUUCCUCUCUACUUCUCCAUUAACCCACUUCACUACUUCUUCAUCGAUCGCUUUUUCAUCUUUACUUUUUUGGUUUGGUAAUUCUUCAAUUUUGUUAUUCAAUCAGAUUUCGGUGUUAGAGAGAGAAGAGUACAUUGUGGGAUUAUUUUUUGUAGAUUUAGGGUGUUGGGAAUUAGGGGAUGGAUGUUUGUGUUGAUGAAUGUGAUGAUUGUGAAGAUGUAUGAUUGAAGGAAGUAGGGUGUCAGUUGAAUUGCAAGCAGGGUGAGGAGUUUCGGUUGGAAUGGCAGAUGUGGCGGCGUUUAUUGAAGCUGCUGGGUCGAGAUUUGGCGAUUUGGAGCUGAUUGGAAGAGGUUCAUUCGGUGACGUCUAUAAAGGCUUUGACAAGGAGCUCAAUAAAGUAGUUGCAAUUAAAGUUAUUGACCUUGAGGAAUCCGAAGAUGAUAUUGAAGACAUUCAGAAGGAAAUUUCAGUUCUGUCACAAUGCCGCUCACAGUAUAUCACUGAGUACUAUGGUUCUUAUCUCCAUCAAACAAAAUUAUGGAUAAUAAUGGAGUAUAUGGCUGGUGGCUCAGUUGCUGAUUUACUGCAGUCAGGUCCCCCUCUUGAUGAAAUAUCAAUAGCCUGCAUCUUACGUGACUUACUGCAUGCUAUUGAUUAUCUUCAUGCUGAAGGAAAAAUACACAGAGAUAUUAAAGCGGCAAAUAUAUUGCUGACUGAGAAUGGUGAUGUUAAGGUUGCAGAUUUUGGUGUUUCUGCUCAAUUGACUAAGACUAUAUCACGGAGAAAGACAUUUGUUGGAACUCCAUUUUGGAUGGCUCCAGAGGUAAUACAGAACUCUGAAGGCUACAAUGAAAAGGCGGAUAUUUGGUCCAUGGGUAUUACUGCAAUUGAAAUGGCAAAAGGAGAGCCUCCCCUUGCUGAUCUCCAUCCCAUGAGAGUUCUUUUUAUAAUACCUCGGGAAAACCCACCUCAGCUGGAUGAACAUUUCUCUCGUCCCAUGAAAGAAUUUGUUUCUUUGUGUUUGCGGAAAGUUCCUGCUGAGAGGCCUAGUGCCAAAGAACUAUUAAAGCACAGGUUUAUUAGAAAUCCCAGGAGAAGUCCCAGGCUCCUUGAAAGAAUAAGAGAACGUCCAAAAUAUCUUGUAAAGGAUGAUAUUGAAAAUGUUAGAAAUGGUCUCAGAGCUUUUGCUGAAGGAUCCGGCACUGUUAAGGUGACCAAAGAGCCAAGAAAAGAUGAAACUGUCCGAGCAAGUAAUCAGGGAAAAACAUUAAGGAAUGCGGGAUGGGACUUCAGUAUUGGAGGAUCACAGAGUGCUGGAACAGUUCGAAGCGCAGUGAGACUACCUCCAGUGAGGGCAAAACGUGAAGAAAGUUUAAAUAAUGACGCUAGUCCAAGAAAAACUUCUGAUGGCGACAACCAAUGGAUAUCUGCAUCAGGAAAUGGACUGUAUGAAUCAUCAGAAGUUUCCCUUGGGAGAUACUCCAGAGACGACGAAAAACAGAAUAAUUUUCAUGAAUAUGAAGAUGGGUCUUCUACUGGAUCAGGGACUGUUGUUGUACGAUCUUCUGGAGUACCCCAGUCAUCUUCAUUUUGCAGUGAUCAAAGCACUACUCCUUCUGGCAGCACAUAUGCGUCUCCUGAGGAUGCCUCCACUAGCGGGACUAUGGUUGUCCAUGGUCAACGUGAUGACCCAGAAUCUCCUCAAACUCCUAAGUCAAAACUUGGGAUGCCAGAAAGAAGUUCUACCUCCUCUUUUGAAGACAGUGCUACUAACUUGUCUGAGGCAAGGGCAGCCAUGCAAAAAGGUUUGCGGAAAGGUUUUUCUCGGGAAAGGCCUGCUGUAAACAAAGCCAGUAGAGAUACCCAAGAAAAUAGACGAACCGAUCAAAUGUCGAAUAGUUCCGAAUCUCCUAGCAGUCGAGAAUACCUAGAUGCUCAGAAAGCUUUCUUGAGGUCACAUCUAACAAGUGAUGAUGAGGAAAAUGCAAAAAUCUCUGUAGUGACAUCAUCUGCUUCAUUAUCUACUCUGCUCAUCCCUUCAUUGAAGGAGGUAGUUGCUGAAGACUCUGAAGGGUAUGCUCUUGCUGUAAGAAAUGCCCUUAUUGAUAUGGAGCGAACAAAGCCUGGUUCUUCCGAAGUUCUUAUCAGCAGGCUACUUCAUCGACUUGGAAGUUCAAGGGAUCCUUCGUUAAAGGAGUUGCAGGAGUUGGCAGUUCACAUCUUUUCGAGGAGUGACAAAGCUCUUGAUCAUAGUACGAAUAUGAUAUCUGAAGAUGAUAGCAGUAAAAAAACACAGAGCAAAGAGUUUCUGUCCAAUCCUAAUAUAAGCCCUCUUGCGAGAUUUCUGCUUUCAAGAUGGCAUGGCCAAGCUUCUCGCGACCUAAAUCCGACAUAAGAGGAAAUUUUGGCCAUAUUUGCACAUAGGCAUUUUGUUGUGCUUUUCUUGAUACAGUUUAUUCUUGAUGAUGUACAUAUCGAGUUAUGAUUUUCUUUUUUCUUUUGGUUCCCUUUUUAUCAUUAAUUUUAUUUACACAGCAAAUAUAUCUUUUUCAUUUUAAGCUAGCCUUGUGUUGCAUUCUUAAUAUAGAUAUUUAUUGAUGUAUAUGUUUGUGAUAGAACUUUAUUUCUCUGCACAAUAGAUGUAUCUUUUAACACUUGAGAGGUUAUCUUUCUAAAUCCAAGAGUUUUGACCUGGAUUGCUCGGCAAAUUACUAAAGUUUUGAACGUAUACGAAGCUC